AUGCGCAACGCAUUCGUUGGCCUCUUGGACGAGACACUGCACACGCCAGAAUAUGUUUACUCGGUGUCCUUCACCCUAUCCUCCGUCGUUUGUGCCCUCGGGUGUGCUGUUUCGCUGAACCCUCGUGACCGAGCCCUGCACCCGGUGCUGUUAUCAUUGGCCACUGGCAACAUAAGUUGGUGCGUCGCAGCAUCCGUCAAACCGUUAGAGGUCAUCCAGGCCAUCAUCAACAUGCAGUUCUGGGCUCCUAUCUCGCCCCGGCAGUCCGACGAUCCUUACUGGUUGUAUUUGGUAUACGUGAGGAUCGAUAGACCCGCCACAAUCGCGGAACACCUCCCCAUUCUGGCUUUCUACAUGGACCACAGCCUCUUGGUCCUUCACGCCCAGGCUCCAAGAGAUAUCACCACUGUCAACGAGCCCAACACAUCCGCUGUGACCUUGACGAUUUCGCCUAAGACCCUCGAGGUCGCGACUCGGACCCUCGACCUCGUGCUGACAGACCGAACCAUGUCUGAGCUGUUGCUGGGUCUUCACAAUAACCAGUACAUCAUGAUCUGCCAUGCAGCCACGGAGAUCUUGCGCGCUAUCCAACGAGGCGGGUUGACAGCAGCAGAAGUGUCCGAAGCCGCCGGAAAACUGAGGAUGCUGGCUGUCCUGACUUUGGCGUCUGGCUAG